AUGAACGAAGUUGAUUCGGUAUACGGUAUGGUUCUUGUUUUAGGAGAUUCUCUACUUGGACCAAGCAAAAUGGGAGGGUUGCCAAUGAAAAUGAAGAAACUUAACUCAAACUGGUUCAUGGAUUUCGCUCCUACAAAUACAACAGCAUCAAAUCCAACAACCGAAUUUUGUGAAGGUUUUAAUGAAGAUGAUGGUACUUCGAGCACUGGUGCUUCGCCAGCAAACUGUCAUCAACAAGACCUUGGAAAAAUCAAGAACGCUCUGAAAAUGGAUAAAAAGGAUAACUUACUGAAUGAACUUCAAACUGCCAACGAAAAUGUUGCUAUGUGGCUUUCUUCUGAUGUUGAUUAUCCUACUAGAGACACUGAAUCAGGAUACAAGACAAUGAGCAGUAAUAAUGCUGAUAAGCCUUCGAUACCAUCACAAAACGAAUGUAGGAUGGAGAACUCAAACCAAUCGUUCUCUUUAGGCGUUUUGCUGGACAACAACAGCAACUUGUAUGCCACACCGAAGGUGGGAUCGGAGUGUAGUGACGGACACAAGACAAUGAGUAGUAAUAAUGCCGAUAAAUCUUCGAUAUCAUCACAGAACGAAUGUAAGAUGGAGAACUCAAACCAAUCGUUCUCUUUAGGCGUUUUGCGGGACAACAACAGUAACCCAUGUGCCACUCCGAUUCCACCAAAUCUGGAAUCGGAGUCCAGUGACGGUCACAUUUCGCUAUUAAAAGUACAACAAGCAGCUGCCGUCUGUGUUUCCUAUGAGGCUGAAAAGAUAACAACCGCGGAGGAAAUUGGUGCUCUUCUCAAAUCGAACAUUAGUUUGAAAAUAUCACAAACGCCAAAUUCAGGAUUCAAUACAAUGAGUAGUAGUAAUGCCGAUAAACCUUCGAUACCAUCACAGAACAAAUGUAAGAUGGAGAACUCAAACCAAUCGUUCUCUUUAGGCGUUUUGCGGGACAACAACACUAACUUGUGUGCCACACCGAAGCAGGAAUCGGAAUGUAGUGACGGCAACAACACAAUGAGUAGUUAUAAUGCUGAUAAGCCUUCGAUACCAUCACAGAACGAAUGUAAGAUGGAGAACUCAAACCAAUCGUUCUCUUUAGGCGUUUUGCCGGACAACAACAGUAACUUGUGUGCCACACCAAAGCUGGAACCGGAGCUGCAUUCCGGUUCCGACGGUCGCAUUUCGCAAUUAAAAGUACAACAAACAGCCGUCCCCUGUGUUUCCCCCGAGCCAGACAAGAUAACAACCGCGGAAAGUAUUGGUGCUAUUCCCAAAUCUAACAUUAGUUUGAAAAUAUCACAAACGCAAAAUCCAGGACACAAGACAAUGAGUAGUAGUAAUGCCGAUAAACCUUCGAUACCAUCACAGAACGAAUGUAAGAUGGAGAACUCAAACCAAUCGUUCUCUUUAGGCGUUUUGCGGGACAACAACAGUAACUUGUGUGCCACACCGAAGAUGGAAUCAGAGUGGAGUGACGGUCGCAUUUCGCUAUUCAACGUACAACAAGCAGCUGCCCUCUGUGUUUCCCAUGAGGCAGAAAAGAUAACAACCGGGGAAAAUGUUGGUGCUAUUCCAAAAUCAAACAUUAGUUUGAAAAUAUCACAAAUGGAAAAUUCAGGAUACAAGACAAUGAGUAGUAUUAAUGCUGAUAAGCCUUCGAUACCAUCACAGAAUGAAUGUAAGAUGGAGAACUCAAACCAAUCGUUCUCUUUAGGAGUUUUGCGGGACAACGACAGUAACCCAUGUGCCACACCGAAGCUGGAAUCAGAGUGCAGUGACGGUCGAGUUUCGCUAUUAAACGUACAACAAGCAGCUGCCCUCUGUAUUUCCCCUGAAGCAGAAAAGAAAACAACCGCGGAGAGUAUUGGUGCUAUCCCCAAAACGAACAUUAGUCUGAAAAUAUCACACACGCCAAAUUCAGUUGUUACAAUUUCAAGUACAAGCCCACAGCCAAGCAAUGAACAGAACCAUUCCACUGUAAAUGUAAGCCAUGCAGAAACGGUGCCAACUCGAAGAAUACCAGAAUUAUCUGAAUCGGAAUGCUUAUCGGAAAUAUUGCAGAACACCACCAAUUUUGAGAUUAUGGAAGCAAUAGGAGCUGAAAAUGAAAAGGCACCAAGCAGUGCCACCAUAGCCGAUACUCAGGAUAUCGUGUUAAGUAAAGAGAAUGCAGCGGAAGAAAGAGAUGCGUUAGAGGAGCUCCCUGCAGAAGACCAGUCAACCCGUGAGUGGCCUCAAGUUCAGUCGCAGUCGAAUAACACAAAUGAAAAAUCUUCUACAACAGUAACUGAGUUGUCUUCUAAGUACAAAAGUGACUUGAGUGAGGCCAAUUGUGAAAGUACAGAUAUCAAUAAAAUGUCGGUAAAUGUGGGUCGAUCGACAAGUUUCACGCAAAUGAACGAAGUUAGUUUAUCUGAUCAAGGCACAGAAACAUGCGACUUACCUUACUUCGUAAACGAUAAGGUCACGAGCAACUUUAUGAGGACCAACCUAUAUGAAAUGUCUAAAGGAGUAUCAAAGGAUGCGUUCACACAGAAGAUAAUCAUGUGUCAUGCAGAAACGGAUGUCUCGUUCCUGCCAAUGUGCAAUGGCAGUUCGACGGGAACGAUCACUUCUACCUGUAAUAUAACCUAUUACAAGCCAUGCACUGGAUCAGAAAUAAAACAACUUAAUGAGAACCCAAUUCAGGAAUCAGCUCAUCCCGUUUUGCGAACCUUACAAUCGCAAGCUAUUAGUGCCAGACAAAUUAAUGACAAGAUUGACACUCAAAUGACACCAAACUCGUCCGUUGAAAAAAUGACUACAGGGAUAUCAGCUCUAAGACUAGAGUUAUCAGAAAAAACUACAAGUUUUGCAAACAAAGAUAUAUUGAUUUUGAAUGAAGAGAACGAAUCGGUGAACGAACAGAAGCCCGAGUUAUCAUCACAGACCGACGAGAUUAAACGGGAAUCUGUAACAGAACCAGACCCGAGCGUACGGCGCGUAGCGUUCCGCGCGCGCCUCAAAGAGCCAAUAGACCACCACAGACGGGGCCCUAUAGGGCUGAUGUUCAGCCAGGGUUGCGGGGUAAGCGCAAUGAGGCAUCGCGACCUCGGCCCAGAGCAGGAGAAGGAACAGGGGGAAACCGAAACUCAAAUGACUCCUGGACCUUCAACUGUCUUAGUUUCAACGGGUGUCACACCUGGACCAUCCACGUUCCAAGUACAUCCUACAUUGAAUGAUUCUGUAAAAGUGAGUUAUGCAGUCCAGACAGCAUCUAUACAUCCGAUGAACCUUGCUUCGAGAGCAACUAAAGUUACGUCAACACGAAUACCGCUGCCUGCAUCAGAUACACCGAGUACAGAUUAUUUAACAGAAUUUUUACUAAACAACCUGAUCAAGAAGGCCCUCAUGGGAAAAACGGCGCAUCAGUUGCAGCUUGAUGGAUUGGAACCGACCACACUAGGACCUCACAAAUCUGCCUCAAUCAUGACGUCAUUCUGCGGCCAAGCUCAAUCCAUACAAGUCCCAGCAGUAUCCAUUUAUAAAGUGGAAGCCGUAUCUGCCACUGAAAACCCUGAGUCCACAGAAAAACCCUCGUCCACAGAAAACCCCGCAUCCGCAGAUAACCCCGCGUCCACAGAAAACCCCGCGUCCACAGAAAAACCCGCGUCCAUCACCUCACGUUUGAGUGCAGAUGCAGAUAUUCAAAUUGACACAAACCUAAAAAACCUGCCGUCUACAGAAAAGCCUGCGUCAACGUUAAACCCAGCGGCGGCCUCCUCAAAUUUGAGCUCAGAUAUUCAAACUAAUACUGACACAAAUCUAAAAAACCUUACGUCCACAGAAAACCUUGCAGCCACAGAAAACCCUGAGUCCACAGAAAACCCUGAAUCCACAGAAAACCCUGAAUCCACAGGAAACCCUGCGUCCCCCUCCUCGCAUUUAAGCUCAGAUAUUCAAACUAACACUGACACAAACCUACUGAAUUUGAAUACUAUGCGGUCUGGUGAGAAGUCUGUAGAAUUUAGCCAAGCUGUCAAACCAAGUUUUAAUAACACUUUGGACCAACCGAAACCUUCCAAGAUUCUACGUGAAAACGAAAACGUGACGCCCACAGAAAACCCUGCAUCUACAGAAAACCCUGCAUCCACAGAAAACCCUGCAUCCACAGAAAACCCUGCAUCCACAGAAAACCCUGCGUCCGCCUCCUCGCAUUUGAGCUCAGAUAUUGAAACGAACACUGACAUGAAUCUAAUGAAUUUGAACUCGAUGCGAUCUGGUCAGAAGUCUGUAGAAUUUAGUCAGGUAGUCAAGCCAAGUUUCAACAACACUUCGGACAAAUCGGUAUCUUCAAAGAUUCGACGUGAAAUUGAUAUUAAAAAACAAAUCACCUCACUCUCCCAUCUAAUGGGCAAGAAGAGACAAAGUUCUACAAUCAGUACACCAGUACUCGCACAAUUCUCGACGCCAUUUUGCACUGAUGCGACUGCAGACAAUUGGAUGAAUGAAUGCCAUUCUACGAAAAAAGCGUGCCAAGAGUUGACUAUUUCUGAUUUAGAAGAAGUACAGAAAGAAAAAAUUGCAAUCGGAUCCCCAACAAUUACUUUCUCAAAGGACAGCCUUGAGGACGUACUACCUAUAAAUAAAUUUAAACAUAGAAGCUUUAGUAAAAAUAAUGAUCCUGAAAUCACUGUGAACCCUGCAAUGGUUGAUGAAGUAACAUCAGAUAAAAAUAUCCUAAUAACCAAAGAUGUGAAAGAGAGUAUCCUUCAAGCUUGUCCAGAUAUUUGCGACGCAGGAACGGAGUCGCUACCAGGAACACAUAAAUCUGCUGGUGUGCUAACAAGUCAAUGGGUUCUGCCAUCAGCCCCACCGUGUUUGCAUGAUUCCAAUAAUGAGUGCGUGUUUGUGUAUGGACAGCCUCAUUGUGCGAAACACAAAAAAAGCUCCGACGCCGAGGUUCAGAUCACGUUGACAGGCGAAAGUGAUCAUUCCGUUGGUAUGCUGACAUCACUUUGCGCGUUAAGAGCAGAGCGCAGUCAACGGAAAUCUAGCGUUCCCAUUGGUGAAGUUUUGUCACCUAAAGUUUACAAGGCAUUGUACGAAACCACAAAGUACGUAAUGAGCGAUUCUAAGAAACCUAACAGUGGCGAGAGUAAUGCGGUAUUGAAGGUCGAUGCAGAGGUCGAAGCGGUUAAAGUUCCCGACGUAAGAUCAGCAGGCGUGGUUACAUCAAGCGGACGCGCCUUCAGUCUCUCGGAGAGACAGAGCUCGUGCAAAGAUAGAAGCUCUCAUGCGCAUAACCAUUGCGCAUUAUACCGAGUCACUGAUAGUGAAAACCCUGAUAAAACCCAUACUCACACGAAGUUAGUAAAUAUGUCAGAAGAAAAUAAAGAAGGUGUUGAUGAAUAUAUAAAGACUCACCUGGUGUCGUCCUGUCGUUACUACAGCGGCUUGCUCACAAAACAACUUGGACGCGUCAAAAAUAACUUGACGAAACACCUAGCGCUACCUGUGGAGGAACCAGAGCCAACUACCCGCUUACCAAUGUACACAACAGUUGAAGCCUGCACAAUGAAACCGAGCGGUCGCGCCGCCUUAGCCAGCCAGACACUCAAACAUAGCCACAGGACACAUUACUACAAGACCCCAAAGCACAUGUCUUGCUGCGUACUCUCCCCAGCUAUAAGCUUAACCGAUAUUUGUAAACACGACAAGAGUAACUUAAAAGCAGUAUAUUACAUGUUAACUGCCAUUGAAGGGAGACUUAGAAGGCUCAAGUUAAGCACCCAUAAUAUGUAUUAGUUGUCAAUAGAUGUCGCUAUUGUAAAUUGAAAGUCGGAAACACUCAAGUUGUUUCUUAUUAGUGCUUGAAAUUGUCAAUAGAUGUCGUUGUUUUAAGUUAUUGAAUCUUAAGUCGUAUAGUCUUUUGACUUGAUUUCUGUACAGACAUUUAGCAAGCAGUAAUAUUUAACAACUAUUUAAUAUUUUCGAUAUAAAAACACCUUACAAUAACAAAUGAAAUAAAAAUCUUCGCAAAUUUAAUCGUUAUUCUGUUUUAUUUGUUACGAAUAAAGUCUGUAGCAAAGGGUUUCAAUAAUUUUCAUAGUCUGUAACAAACCAGAUAAAAAACCUGUUUUUUUAAUGUUCAAGUUUGACAAGCUUAUACAGGUUGUUCAAAUUCUAUCAAGCUGUUUUUACUGUUUGGUGAUUAUAUUAUUUAUAUAAAAUUGAAAGCAUUUAUUUUUCAAUUACCUAGAUCAAAGUAAGUUUUAA